AAAGCUCCCCAUAAGAUGGCAGCAAAACCGCCCAGCAGUGAGGAGGAGUCUUUGCCCAAACUUCCAGUGCCCCCACUGCAGCAGACCCUGGCCACUUACCUGCGGUGCAUGCAGCACCUAGUACCUGAAGAACAGUUCAAGAGGAGCCAGGCCAUUGUGCAGCGGUUUGGGGCCCCUGGUGGCCUUGGUGAGACCCUGCAGCAGAAGCUCCUGGAACGACAGGAGAAGACAGCCAAUUGGGUGUCUGAGUACUGGCUGAAUGACAUGUAUCUCAAUAACCGCCUGGCCCUGCCUGUAAACUCCAGUCCAGCUGUGAUCUUUGCCCGCCAGCACUUUCAAGAUACAAAUGACCAGCUAAGGUUCGCAGCCAACCUCAUCUCUGGCGUGCUCAGCUACAAGACCCUGCUGGACAGUCACUCCAUCCCCACCGACUGUGCCAAGGGCCAGCUGUCAGGGCAGCCACUCUGUAUGAAGCAAUACUACGGGCUCUUCUCCUCCUACCGCCUCCCUGGCCACAUCCAGGAUACACUGGUGGCCCAGAAGAGCAGUGUCAUGCCCGAGCCAGAGCAUGUCAUUGUGGCCUGCUGCAACCAGUUCUUUGUCUUGGAUGUUGUCAUUAAUUUCCGCCGUCUCAGUGAGGGGGAUCUGUUCACUCAGUUGAGAAAGAUAGUCAAAAUGGCUUCCAACGAGGAUGAACGCUUGCCUCCAAUCGGCCUGCUGACGUCAGAAGGGAGGAGCGAGUGGGCUGAGGCCAGGACGGUCCUCGUGAAAGACUCCACCAACCGGGACGCACUGGACAUGAUUGAACGCUGCAUCUGCCUGGUAUGCCUGGAUGCCCCGGGAGGCAUGGAGCUCAGCGACACCAACAGGGCACUUCAGCUCCUUCACGGCGGAGGCUGUAGCAAGAAUGGGGCGAACCGCUGGUACGACAAGUCCCUGCAGUUUGUGGUGAGCCGAGACGGCACCUGUGGUGUGGUGUGCGAACACUCCCCUUUCGACGGCAUCGUCCUGGUGCAGUGCACAGAGCAUCUGCUCAAACACAUGGUGAAGAGCAGCCAGAAGCUGGUCCGAGCCGACUCCGUCAGCGAGCUCCCGGCCCCCAGGAGGCUGCGUUGGAAAUGCUCCCCGGAAAUUCAAGGCCUCUUAGCCUCCUCAGCAGAAAAACUUCAACGAAUAGUAAAGAAUCUCGACUUUACUGUUUAUAAGUUUGACAUCUUCGGGAAAACAUUCAUUAAGAAGCAGAAAUGCAGUCCUGAUGCCUUCAUUCAGGUGGCCCUCCAGCUGGCCUUCUACAGGCUCCACAGGAGACUCGUCCCCACCUAUGAGAGCGCGUCCAUUCGCCGAUUCCAGGAGGGCCGCGUGGACAACAUUCGAUCGGCAACUCCAGAGGCGCUGAGUUUUGUGAGAGCCAUCACUGACCACAAGGCUGCUGUGCCGGCUUCAGAGAAGCUGCUGCUCCUGAAGGAUGCCAUCCGAGCCCAGACUGAGUACACAGUCAUGGCCAUAACAGGGAUGGCCAUCGACAAUCAUUUGCUGGGGCUGCGGGAGCUGGCCCGGGACAUGUGCAAGGAGUUGCCCGAGAUGUUCACGGAUGAAACAUACCUGAUGAGUAACCGGUUCAUCCUCUCAACCAGCCAGGUGCCCACAACCAUGGAGAUGUUUUGCUGCUAUGGUCCCGUGGUGCCCAACGGGUACGGGGCCUGCUACAACCCCCAGCCAGAGAGCAUCCUUUUCUGCAUCUCCAGCUUUCAUGGCUGCAAAGAGACAUCUUCUACCAAGUUUGCAAAAGCAGUAGAAGAAAGCCUCAUUGAAAUGCGGGACCUGUGUAGUCUGUCACAGUCUAUGGUGGGCAAGCCAUUGGCAACACAAGAAAAAGCAACAAGGCCCAUUCAAGGGCACCAACCUUGACUCCUGCCACUAGAUUUCACCUCCCCAAACCCAGCAUUCUGCCGCUGCUAGACCCUGCCAAACCCCUGCUUCCCACCCUCUCCCCAGCUUUCAGUAGCUCCCAUCCUCAGGGCCCAACACAGAGACCACACUGAGGCAUCACACAAAGCGGGGGUGUUAGGAGGAAAGUGUCCCUCCUUACUCAUGGGAAUUGUCAUCAUUUACCAAGGUUACCUCUAGCCUGUGUACUGGGAAAUAAGACUGGCCUGGCUCUGAGGCAGCCUUGGUGAGAUGGGGAAGUCUACACUGCCUUCCCUGUGUGGUAUCAGAAGCUUAAUGUUGGUGUUUGCUACCCUAGCAGGACCUAGUAUGUCCAGGUGAGAUUUUUGCCCCAAAAAAGAAUGAGUCAACCUAUUACAUGCAGUGUCCCUACAUGAAUCAUGAAGAAAGAGGCUAACUCCAGGUCAUUACCUCUUUUUUGGGGGGGGAAGAGUAGGGGCCUUUGUUUUCAGAUUCACAGCAGUCUGAUCAUGGCAUUCAGGGUGACCUGCACUGAGCCAGACAGUGCUGUAAACACCCCCUCCCUUACACACACACACACACACACACACACACACACACAGCCCAAGUUAUUUUAAAAUGUAGUGACCCAGGCCCAAAACCACAUGUCUCCUGGUUUUCAUCUAAUCUCCUAGGGGCAGCCUUCCAUUGAGUUUGGAAAAUCUGGUCCUGCUAUUUUGAAAGGGGAAAAAGAACCAUCUGCCAUUGCCCUAGAGUGGUAUUGCUCUCUGCUUCCCUGGGGUGGGGGGGGGCAUUAAGGACAGUCCAGCAGAGUAAGCAGCACAGUGCCCACCCAAGCAGCAGGGAUGGAAGGAGGACCAGUCUACGUCCCCAAGGAUCCUGCCACUCACAUUUUUUUUUCUCGUUCCUUCCCCACUCCCCUUCACAGGAAUCAUGCCCUUAUAGGUGAUCUGCCUUCUACAGAGGAGAGGGUUACUUUGGGGGUUUUCUGCUCUUGUUCAUUUGUUUUGUUUUAUUCAUCUUUAAAAUUUUUUUAAUGUUUAUUCAUUUUUGAGAGAGAGAGAGGGAGAGAGAGAAAGAGAGAGAGAUAGAGUGAGCAGGGGAGGGGCAGAUAGAGAGGGAGACACAGAAUCUGAAGCAGGCUCCAUGCUCUGGGCUGUCAGCACAGAGCCCGACGUGGGGCUUGAACUCAUGAGCCCCAAGAUUAUGACCUGAAUCUAAAUCAGAUGCUUAACCGACUGAACCACUCAGGCACCCCUUGUUUUAUUUAUUUUUAAGAGAGGAUUUUAAGAAAACUACCAUAUAAUUAAUUUCAGAAAAUUAUCUCAGUGACCCAAGCAGGACACCUGCAGACAGCUGGGCCCCUUUAUGUGGAGGAUGUUACCCAGGGAUUCCAACUAAAACCCAUGAGGAGGAGUGCAGAACAGGACUCUCCUUGCCCCCAGCAGGGGAGGGUGGGGAAAGGAGACAGCUAGUGGGGAGUGGGCCAGGAGGAGGGAAUGGCUGUAUCCAGAGACAACCCUGAUGGAGGGGUAGAGAGUGCACAAAGCCAAAGUUAAGGUGGUCCCAAGAGAUUGUGAUCAUCAAGAAGAUAUGAGAAUCACUUCCUGUUGGGGACUAUUUUUAUAGUAAAUCUAAAAGGCAAGGGACUAGAAAGGCCACACUGCAAACAGCUGAGGCAGGCUGUCUCUGUCCAGAGGAGGCACAGAGCUUGGCUCUCACCACUAACUUCUGCUGUGCGACCAGCGGGAGAUUCCUGCAAAUACCCCCUCGCCCCAUUCCCACUGUGCUCUGAGGCAUUCUGAGCUCUGCACUCUAGCCCAGGGACCCUGCACAUGUCCCUUUGGACAACCAUGCAAGCUUUCUGCACUUUGACCAGUAUUGAAGUAGGCAGGGCUGAGAUGGGGGACCUUUGUUCAGCUCUGAAAACACAAACCGCCCGGAACAGUAAAUUCCUUGAGCCCUGGUUUUAGAUUGAGGAUUUCUAUUGGAUGAUCUAGGAGAUUCUGCACUGCCCUUCAAAGUCACUGGUCUGUAGGUGCAUACUCCUACAGACCUCCACCUUCCUGCUCCCCUUGGGAAGUAGCAUUCUAAGAGUCCUGAGAAUGUCUGGGGAAUUUCUGUCCACCUGAUGUAAGUUGACCCAAAACCACUUGUCUGUUCUCACCAAAUGACCACAGUACAGAUCUGAUUUCUCUUCUGAUUUCCCUCCACGGAUUUCUGGACAUUUGAUUUUGGGGUCUGGCAACCCCACUGACCUGACCAAGAGACCUAAAUACCCAGAGACUCAAUUCCCUCCAUCAUCAAAUGGGGACAAGAAUGUCCCAACUUUGCAAUGCUUUGAGGAUUGCAGAUCAUGUCUGUAAAGGGCCUUGCACAAGCAGUUGGGCUCUGGUGUCCACUGUCAGUAUGAUGUUACCCCAGCAGGCAUUGUUCAGGUGAAGUUAUUUCAAACUUUUACACUGGUUUGAAAGAACCAAGCUCACGUCUGUCAUUCCCUGAGCAUAGGGAAAGGAAACUGACUCUGUAUAUUCAGAUAUCAACCACACACUGUGAGGGCUUUAAGAAGUGUAGGAUUGUGGACAUUUGGCAGGAGGGAAUACCUCCUCUUUCUGAGGAAGAAUCUGGAAGCUGGUCUUCCCCCUCCAAGAACAGGUGGAUGCCCUGAGUCUUUAUGCAAAGGCAAUGCUGAGCCAUGGCCAUGGGCAUCUCUGGGGGACCCUGGUAAUGGAGACUGUUUCAAGUGUCCCCAGAGAGAUGGAGAAUGAAAUCUGAAGACAGUCAUUUCAGGGCAGUGAUACAUAAUAAAAAUGCUUGUGGCCACCUUACAAUACUGCUAAGUUGCCAAAAUAUAUAAAGUUGACAUUUGAGUUCUAUUUUUAUAAAAUUGUUCUAGAUUUAUGGCAAUAUAUACAUGUGUAUUUAUAGUCUUUCAAUUUUAAGUUAUAGUUUUGUGCUUUAAAGAAAUAUAUGUAUGACUAAAGGACUGUAUAUUGAAAGUACUAUAUUCAAAAUAAAGACUGUAAGCCUGUAUUCAAUAAAAAGUAAUGCCAAGAAAGAUGGUGUUAGCCAUUGUUUCUACCCAGAAAUGCUAUAAAAAUGUUGUUGUAAAUUCUGUGAGCUGGGUUAACAAUUCAUUUGGCAUUGUCU